AUGAUAGUACGUGAUGGAGUUGUAUACAUUCCCGCUGUGAUGGAUAACCUCACAAACAGAGACGGUGAGUUCGUCCCUCGUCCGGAAACAGUUAUGUAUUCGAAUCUGCGAGACACAGUUGUUGCGCUUGCUAACCCAGCAACUCCAGAGAGGAUUCGAACCUACUUUGAGCAACAUAACCCAAUUCCUGGCGCUACUUUUGAGAAUCAUGUUUUGGCAAACCCUGACGAAAUUAUGCCAGAAGGAUACACUCUCGACGAUUUGCAGCGAGAGAUUCGAACUAUCCAACCAUUUUUAAUUAAGCUUCAGAAACAUGUUCCAAAGAUGGUUUCUGGAACAAUGGAUUUUAAAAGUACUGGCAACAACUCGCUCUUUAUAAGUAAUGAGCUAGAGGAUUUACGUAUUCCAAACAGACCAAGGAAUCAGCCACUCCAGCAAUGGCAUUUUGAUUGCCUCCCCCUUGGUAACAUCAGAACUUAUUUCGCAAGAUGGGAUAUCCCAGCUGCCGAUAGACUGGAAGGGCAAAUCAAUUUAUUUGGAGAAUACCCGGAUCGAGCAAAUGUAAGAUGGCCAUUUUAUGCAGGUGGCGGUAGU